AAAUAUUGGCGACGACGGCGGAUAUUAAAAGUGUGCCCAGCUCUCCCUGAGCAUUCGGCAUUUUUGAUUGAAACCAUGACUGUUGUCAACGUUGAUACUAAAACUGGAUAUAUUGAAACUGAUAAUGACCGUCUUAUUAUGGUCAUUUUGCUCAUUUUCUUGCCGCCUCUGGCGGUAUUCUUCAAAUCGCGUGGAUGUACAAGCCAAGUAUGCCUCAAUAUUCUUCUCUACAUCUUCCUAAUCAUUCCGGCAUACUGUCACGCCACGUGGUAUUGCUUCAUUCGUGGAAGAGAACAUGAAGUACGUGCGGAGCUCUCUCGCCGAAUUUAACGAUUUUUAAUAAAGAAAUUUAUUUUUAAAAAACUUGAUGUCUAUUAAUGUUGUAAAUUAAACUGUAAAUUUUUGAUAAAUUUUUUUGUUUUUAAA